GAUACCCCACAUCGAGUCUGGUGAACGCAGGUGGGGGUGUACCCGCUUCAUUGAUUUUUGACCUGUUGCUCAUGAGUUCAGAUUCUGAGGACGAACUCGCCGGCGGUCCGCACGAAGAGAGAGUGAACUUUCUGAGGAAUCUGGUGGACAGAAUGGAGGCCGAAGCCGAUCACCGUCUGCAGAAGCAAUUUAGUGUACUCUACGGGGUUACCUCGGGCCUGGGGGUCUUACUAAUCGUGCUGACGCUGGUGUGGAUCACUCACUUCCGUAACGGGUUUAGUGUGAAGGACCCGAGCCAGGAAUUCUACUGGCACCCCAUGCUGAUGAUCCUCGGACUGGUAUUCAUUUAUGCCCAAUCAAUUUUAACGUUCCGCAUCGCACGGUACGCGAAGAAGAAGGUGCUCAAGCUGACCCACGCGACUUUACACUGUCUGGCGUUUAUUCUAUCCGUGAUAGCGUUGAAGGCGGUUUUUGACUCGCACAACUACGCCAAACCGCCAAUGCCAAAUCUCUACUCGCUGCACUCUUGGAUCGGACUCGUCACUGUGAUCCUCUUCACCUACCAGUUCGCGAGCGGAUUUGUCACGUUUCUCUUUCCGGGGCUGUCGAAAACCAUACGGACCUGCUACCUGCCGUUUCAUACGUUCUUCGGUGCCGCCAUCUUUACAAUGGUAAUUGUGACUGCCCUCCUGGGAUUUGCAGAAAAAGCCAUUUUUUCCAUACCCGACUAUAACCAGUUGGGCAGCGAGGCUACUUUGGUCAACUUCAUGGGUGUGAUUCUGCUGGCGUUCGGUUUGCUGGUGUUGUAUCUCGUCUACAAUCCGACUUACAAACGUCUCGCCUUGGCUGAAGAUGAGAUUACUCUGGUGGGACGCGAUUCUGACUAACUGCUGCAGGGCAACUUGAGCACAAAAUAACUGAACCGGUUUCAUUUUCAGAUGGUACUUAAUAAUUCUAACGAGGGUGCUUACAAUGUGAUUUCUUUUUUGUUAGUGAUAUCUAUUAUUUUUCUAUUAUUAUUAUUUGCAAAAUAAAUAUGCAAUUGGUGUUAAG